CUGGCAGACACGGAGCGAGGCGGCACUCUCUGCCAUACACACACUGAGCGGAAUAGAAAGGAAGGCAACAUGGCGAGGAUGCCAGGCAGCGGGGACUGCAACCCGGGCACGGCGGACACCGACCCCCUGCACGCCCAGUCCCGGGCCGCCCAGCACCGCCUGCAGCCGGGCAGCGCCGGGGAAGAAGAGGAGGAGGAGGAGGAAGAAGAUGAGGAGGAUGAUGAUGAUGAGAUCCAGGAGGUGCAGAUCACCGGGGAUGAAGAAGAGGACGAUCUGCUGCUGCUGGAGGAGGAGGAGGACGAUGAGCUGGAUGAGGACGACAUGCAGCUGGACUGGGACCCCGAGGAGGGCUCGCUGCUGGGCACCCCGUACCCCCGGCUGGGGGAGGCUGUCAUGGGGCACUACCCUCGCCCCGGUGCCCAGCGCCCUGCCCUGGUGCCCGGCCUGUGCUCCGGCAUGGUGGCGGUGGAGGACGUGGACCCGCUCCUGCUGCAGCUGGGGGGAGUCGGGGGCGACGGCGGGGGGAGAGAAGGCGAGCGGCCCGAGCGAGCCCGGCUGAGCGAGAACACCCGCCUGGCCACCCGCUACGCCGUGCGCAUCUUCCGCGAGUACCUGAGCGAGAAGGCGCAGAGCCCCGACUUCGAGAGUAUGGACAAGGAGGCGCUGUGCCGGGUGCUGCGCUCCUUCUACGCCGAGGCGCGCUCCAAGAGCGGCCAGCUCUACAGCAAGUCGUCCCUCAUCAGCAUCCGCUCGUCCCUCAACCGCUACCUGAACGAGCCCCCUUACUGCCGCACCCUGGACCUCACCAAGGACCCCGAGCUGCGCAGCGCCAACCUCACCCUAGCCGCGGUCAUCCGCAAACUGGAGGAGCAGGGGGCCGGACCGGUGGUCCAGAAGCAGGCCAUCACCAGGGCAGACCUGAGGAAGCUCUACACUUCCUGCGUCUUCAGUGCCUCCUCACCCUUUGGACUCCUCAACAAAGUGUGGUUUGAGACCUGCAUGUACUUCUGCACCAGGGGUAGGGAGAACCAGAGGGAGCUGGAAGAAGACUCCUUUGGCCUGGCCAUGGAUGAGGAUGGCAGGAGGUUUGUCUACUUCAAGGCUCUGGGUCCCUAUCACAAGUCUCGCUCUUCGACUUGGGGCAAAAAACGCGGUGGGCCGGGUGGCGUCACUUCCACUGAGAGCGACGAGGAGAACUUGCCCCGUAUGUACGAAACUGGCACAGAAUUUUGCCCCUAUGCCAGUUUUGUCAAGUACCUGGCCAAGCGCAACCCGCUCUGCAAGGCCUUCUUCCAAAGACCCCGGGACCAUUGCAGCGAGUCGGAUGUGACUUGGUAUGAAAAUAAAGCCAUUGGCAAAAACUUGUUGGGGACUCGUAUGCAGAUGUUGUCGAAAGCGGCCAAGCUGUCAAAAACUUAUACCAAUCAUUGCAUUGGCGCUGUAUCUGUGGCCACCUUAAACAGCAUAGCUGGGAUUGGUACCAAAUUAGGGCCUCCUUUCUUCAUGGACAACAUGAAUGGGUUAAGACACAGACAGGUUAUCCCUGGCAAUACGUUUAUUCUACCCAAACCAACUGGGGGGUUGCAGGAGCCUAAAACUGAGACACCUAAGCGCCCUCUUUAUGACUCUGCCCAAUCUGUGUAUACAGGUGGGGAUGUUUGUAGCCCUCCAUCACCCAAAAGGCUAUGCUUAAGGUCUGUAGAGCCUUCAGACUGUGUUAUGGUCAUGUCUGUCAAGAGUGACCAUCAACCAUCAUGUCCAGAAACCAAUGGUCACAUGGUGCUUGCCGCCUCACCUGCUGUUUCCUCACCUCCAGUGGUGUCUCCUGUUCAGGUAAUCAGACUGGACACUCGACCCAAUAUGUCAAGGCCUUUGAUCACCAGAUCACCUGCCUCCCCUUUGAACAAUCAAGGCAUUCCCACUCCUGCACAACUUACCAAGUCCAAUGCACCAGUUCACAUUGAUGUUGGUGGGCAUAUGUAUACUAGCAGCUUGGCAACCCUAACAAAGUACCCUGAUUCCAGAAUUGGAAGACUGUUUGAUGGUACAGAGCCUAUUGUGUUGGACAGUUUAAAGCAGCAUUAUUUCAUUGACAGAGAUGGACAAAUGUUUCGCUAUAUUUUGAACUUCCUACGAACAUCAAAACUCCUCAUCUCUGAUGAUUUUAAAGAGUAUACGCUGCUUUAUGAAGAAGCAAAAUAUUUCCAACUCCAGCCCAUGUUGUUGGAGUUAGAGCGGUGGAAACAGGACAAGGAAGCAGGACGAUUCUCCAGGCCUUGUGAAUGUUUGGUAGUCAGAGUUGCCCCAGAUCUUGGAGAAAGGAUCACACUAAGUGGAGACAAGUCCCUUAUAGAGGAAGUUUUUCCAGAAAUUGGAGAUGUAAUGUGUAAUUCUGUCAACGCGGGCUGGAACCAUGACUCUACACAUGUUAUUAGAUUUCCACUUAAUGGAUAUUGUCAUCUUAAUUCAGUACAGGUACUGGAACGGUUGCAGCAGCGUGGUUUUGAGAUUGUAGGCUCAUGUGGGGGAGGAGUUGACUCUUCCCAGUUUAGUGAAUAUGUACUAAGAAGAGAACUGAAAAGGACAUCUCGCGCACCUGCUGUCAUUCGAAUAAAACAGGAGCCGUUAGAUUGACUGGACACUUUUUCUUAUGCAAAAUGGACUGUUCAUAGGGAGCUGGGACACGGGAGUCCUGGAAUCAACACUGAUUAAGACAUUUCGGCCACCUCAAAGGACAUUCAUAGCUGGAAUUCCGUCACAGCAUCAAGAAGUGUGUUGUUAACCCAGGGGACAUAUUAAAAUAUAGAAACAAAAAUAUAGUAUGUGAAGUCAUGAAGAGUACUGUGAUGGUCAUCACAUAUUAUUCACAUCCGACUGUAUGUUCACAUGAAAAUAUACAACAGUAAGACUAUGUUCAUAGUUUUUAUUAUAUACAUACUAGAAUUUGUAGCCACUGGAAGAGGAAAUCUGGAUAGAAGGGCUUAAGGCAAAAUACAACCACUACAAUGUAUUUCUAUUGAGUUUCUUAACCCAAAUUAAAAGGGGCAGUCCCAACAGAAUUGACAGAUAUUGAUUGCACGACCUUGAUGAUGCUUAAAACCAAGAGACCCUGUAUCAUAUUAGUAUGAGUAUUUCUAAAAUCUAAUACCUGUGUUUUCAUGCCCACUUUUUAUCGACGUUGACCCAUAUCUGUAUUUUUUUUGAAUGGUGGUUUGUGAACACUUUUCUAAAAUGUUUCUUCACUCCUCUCUUUAUUCUUUUUUUCCCCAUCAAGAAAAAAAAACAAAAAAAAACAAGCUGGUUGCUUUAGGUUGAUGAAAAUACAUAUAAAACAGAAUUCCUACAGUGCAGCUACUCUACAGGUAACAAACAUGGGCUGAGCUUGUUAAAGGUCGAUAUUGUUAUCAACAGAUGUUUUUGGAUAGAACUUGGAGUUAUGUGUUUUCAUUGAUAUUAAGGAGCGAUUCUUCCACUAAAUUAACUUGUUAAAUCUUAAGUUUAGUAAAGGGUUGAGCAAUAAAGAUGUUUUCACCAAAGAGUUAAAGUGCCAAUAUGAUAGGUGUGAAUGCAAUGGUUCCUUUUUUUUUUUAGUAUUUUAGCAGAAGGAGAGCAUAGUUGGAUAGUUUCAUUGCCUAUGCUGGGAUGCAUGUAAUGACUGCAAGCUACGUCUUUAGUGUAUUGGAACAAUAUGCUUAUUCUCGCAUGUGUCUCGUGAGGUUGCAGAAACAGUGGUUGAAGUUUUCAUCAGUUUUGUAAAGUAAAAAUUUCACUUGUAUGUGAUUUAUUUUUACAAAACCAGAGCUGAUGCACAUUCUCCAGACACGAAUAUUUCAGGACAGAAUCUAAAGAUUUAGCUCUGCAAGAAUUCCUCCUGAAGAAUUCUCAAUGGUGCACUAUAUAGAGCGACUUUUUAAGCUUGUGUUUUGUGUGUUUGUCUUGCUGGUCUGGAUCUAGGGUGUUUCAGAGGUAAAUGUUUUUGUUUUUGUUUGUUUGUUUUUUUUUUGUUUUUUUUUUAAUACAUGGACAAAACAACCAUCUCAUGCAGACUAACUGCUAUUAGCUUUUACACUCUAGAAAUUGCUACUGAAAUUUCUAGGGUUGUGUUAAUUAUGCAUUGAGAUCUUUAGCACUUAGUAUAUACAUUGUAAUAAAAAAAUAGUUGUUUCAAUAUCGACCUUUAAAUUUUACCAGUUCUUUAAAAGUUACAUGAUUGAAUCUAAAUAAAUCCAAAUUAUAUAUUACCAGAAGGUAUUUAAAAGUUUAGAUAGAAGACUGAAUUUGGCACCUUUAAAAUACAUUUUAAUAGUUUGCUAAAGGACUGCUCCUUUUCCAUGAAAUGUGUAAACUGUAUUUAAAACAUACAGUUUUUUUCGUAUAUUCACUAUGAAUAGAUAGAAUACAAUUGAACGGUUUGCUUAAAACCAAGCAAGAACAAUAAGCUCAUCACUCAUCUGGGAGAAUGGAUGACAUUAUUAAUGAAUUAAAUGCCAUAAGGGGGGAGCGCGUAUUGUGUUUCUAUUUUAUUGUUAAAAAAACACUCCAAGCACCACAACCACUGUAAUCAUUAUGUUGUCAGCAGUGCCCUUGCCCCCUUUAUUGUAAGUAGUCAAACUGUAUACAAACUUAGAUAACUUGCCUAGGGUCUGCUGGGCUCCAGUCAUCUUUUCCUCUGCAUCAUGGAAGCUUCAGCACUUAUAACAUUGUCUGAGAGUGCUUAAAUGAUGCUUUCAGUCAUAGAACCGGCAGCCAUGCACGACAGGGCUUUGCUCAGAGGCGCUAACAGAAUCUCCUUGAAGGAAUUUCCGGACUCCAGAGGACGAGGCACCUGGUAGACCCCCAGGUAAGUUAUCAAACCAUUUACAAAUGGUUUUUACUACUCACACUGGAAGGGCAUAUCUGGCACCAUGAUGUAGUGGUUAUGGUGUUUAGAGUGUUUAUUUUAAACAAUUAAAAUGGCAAAAGCUAUUUCUUUAAACCAGCGUAAUAAUGCGGAAAUGUCUUGACUGCAAUGAAAGUCUAACCUGAUUUUGUUUAGAGUACAAAGUGAUGAUCCUUGGAUAUAACAACACUGUUCCUAUUACAGAAUUUACCAGAACCUACAUUAAAGGAACACUCCGAACACUAUAGCCUUUACAGCACACACUGUAGUAGUUAUAUUGCCAGAAGUGCAUUGGUGCACCACACCCACAUGUAAGGUGACAAGGCGCCACUCCCCUCCUCUUCUGUUUCCCAUGGAAAGCUGAUGAGCUAGCGCUGCAUUGCAGGGUUUAGAUUAGGAGCGUUAAAGGAAGAUUUUGCUUAUGAGUCUCUGGGUCUCCUUGGGAAGGAGUGGAAGUAGGGAGCAGUACCCAGCAUUCCCAACGUAAGACACUGUUUUAAAAUGGUUUGACAACUUACAUUGUGGGGUCACCAGGGAACUUCUGGCACCAUUGAGCUGUAGUGGUUAUGGUGCUUGGAGUCUUCCAAAAAAAAAAAAAAAAAGUACAAUUAUAUAAAUUAUAAACAAACAUCUAGCACAGGUAAGUUGAUAAUUGAGAAUACAGGCAAUUAUACACUAAAAAGUUCACCUGGAAAGUGACUCAAGAACAUUUGUUUUGUUUACUUUUUUGUUUAGUUGUUACUUUCUUUUUUCUUUGUGCAUUUAUUUUAUUGUAAAGAUCUCAAGUUACACUGUCCGACUUGUUUCUGUUUUAUAACUAUUUUGUUUUUGAGAUAGAACAAUUAAAAUAAAUGUCCAAAAUAUGAAUUGGAUGUCUCCUGAAAGCCCAAUGUACAUAAAGUUUUUGGGUGGGGUACUUUAAUAUACACACACGUGUUUUUAUUUAAUGUUUGUAGUUUGGUUAACACUAAAAAAAAAAAAAAAAAAAAAACUGUCAUAGUUUUUUAAAUAUAUCUUCCAUAUUUCUGUUAUAAUUGUUAUUCCAGACAGAUCAAUUCUUUACUUGACUUUUGUAUGCGUUAUAAAAAAAAAAUGUACUCCUUACUGCCAGCAAGUAGUUUAUGUGGUAUUGAUCAUUUUAUAGGGGUUCAAUCGCAAAUGCCUCCUUUCAGGAGCAAGAGAAUUUGUACUGUAAAUGAAGCGUGAUUUAAACUAUCAUAUUUUAUUAAAAUAUUUAUGUCACUAAA